AUGUAUCAUGAUUCAACUCGACAACCAACUCGAGAGCACCCCGCUCCACAAAACCAGAACGUCUCUGCUGUACUCUGGGUGGGAGCUCCCGGCCAGGAUGGGAAAUAUGUCGACGAGAUUAUCCUCCCGGUAUGGUCUUGCGGUCACGUGAUUCACACCCCGGUCGCACGUACAAAAAGGUUCAACGAUGAUACAGGGAGUUCUGCCAAGCAUAAUGCAAGGUUAUCAAAGCAGAAUAAUCCAGAUGUCGGCUGGAGUGUCACCGUAACCGAGAAUGGUGAAAACGGAACGAAUACGAGAGCAUUUCUUCCAACUCACCCUGCUUCCUGGGCACCGAAAAUAAUUGCUAUGAUGGAGCAAGCAAUGAGCAAAACCAAAACCAGAUCGCGAAGACCUCAUUGCAAGUCCCGCCUAGGAUGUACGAACUGUAAGAGACGCCGGGUCAAAUGCGAUGAGAAGAAACCCGCAUGCUCCAACUGCGUUCAGCGCUCAAUUACAUGUGAUUUCUUAACUCGGAUCACGGAUUCUGUGUCACCAGCCGCUUCGCUACCCGGCGUGGCAUCUGAAAUGGGGUCUUCACGAUCAUCAAAUCGAAGAUAUCGUUUCAAGCCAUGCCAAUAUCAGUCGCAUACCUCUCCUUCAUCCAGGUCGCCAGACAGUCAGGCUAGGACGUCGGUAGGGACUCAGUGUGAUCUCUCAGCCAGUCAGAGCUUUGGGGCAGUACAAUUGACUGAUUUCGGAAGAUGCCAAUGGUUACGCUCUAUGGCAGAUUCAUGUUCCUCAGUGGAGCUUUGUCUUUACUCCCGCCAGAAGGUGCUCCGAGAUCCUGAGACCAAAGCAAUUCGGAAGCUAGAGACUCUAUACAUUGGCUAUUAUCUUGAAUUGUCUUUGUUCACAACAAGGCUUGAAACGAAUGGCGACAACAUCCACUUGCGCGAUGCCGAUAUCGUGGUAACAUGGACCGGGGACGGCGAGCUUGAUGAACUGCGUUUUCCCGUUAAGCCAGCUUUGGAGGAGCUCGAAAAGGUCGUUGUCGUUUUACAUCAUAGUGCGACGCAAUCGUAUGACAUGGGCGACGAAUGCUCGGCCUGGUUUUCUGCACGUCUAGGAUUCGAAGUCAAGCUUGUCUAUAUCGGUGACCGCUCCAGGGCGGUCCUUGGUUCGAUAGCACCCAACAGCGAGGCAGCUACCCAGCGAGCGUCCUUCGCAACUCGACUACGUUCGCGUAUCCCGUUCCUGGCACGACCGGAAGAGCGGCUGGCGUUCAACGACAUAGCGCAUUACCUUGUUGUGACCGAAGAAUCCAAUCAAGAGGUCACGUCCCGUCUACAGGACGGUCUGGAGAGAUGGACAUCACCAAAUUCCGACCCAACAUCGUGGUCUCGGGGGCCUCUGGUCCUUUGGGUCGAUCCGGGCGCAAAGUAUAGUCCCGUGUUUGGUCGCCAUGGGUUCUGCCUCGGCGAGAGCAGGGACGAGGAGCUUUACGUGGGACAAGACGUCGUCGUUACGCGGUAUAAUGCCAAACGAACCGUUUUCGGUCAGUUCUUCCACCAGACUGGCCUAAUCUUACCAGUUAUGGGCGUGCUUGAUGAAUCACUACAAAACUAA